GAAAAUGGCUCUUGCCUUGUUCUAGAUAGAUAGAGAGAGAAAAGAGUCUCUCUUGGGUUUAAUUUGAUUUCAUGUUUGAAACUGCUGCUGGAAUCUCCAAGCUCCUUAAAUCAACCGGCAACCAUUCCAGAAAAAUGGUUUCACUCACUUCUGUCGAAUUGAAUUAUCUCGUUUUUCGGUAUCUUAAUGAAUCAGGCUUCACACAUGCGGCAUUUGCUUUAGGAUAUGAAGCAGGGAUCAACAGAAGUCCUAUCGAUGGUAAUUUAGUUCCACCUGCUGCUCUUGUCACGUUUGUACAAAAAGGACUUCAGUACCUUGAAUUGGAAGCAAACUUGUGUAACGGCAAUGCAGAUUCUGAUGAAGACUUCUCCUUUCUACAACCUUUGGAUCUUAUCACAAAAGAUGUCAAUGAAUUGAGGCAAAUUAUUAAAGAGAAGAAAGAAAAUCUUCAAAAGAAACAACGGAAGGAUAUGGAAAAAGAUAAGGAACCUAAACGCGAUAUUGCACAAGAUGGUAAGAGGGAAAAAGAAAAUGGAAAGCAACAUAUAGAACGUGAAAGAGAUAGAGAAGUGAUGGAAAAGGAUAGCGAGCAAGAAAAGGAAAAGCAUCUUGAGGAGAAAGUUGAUGGAGAGCCUGUUAAAACUCACGAAGAUGUCAAACCUGAUGCUAACGAAGAUAUUCCAGAACCAAUGGAUAUAUGUCCAGCCGCACAGUCAAAGCCUGUUGAAAUUCCUAGUUCUGAUGUAACUAUUUUGGAAGGGCAUGCUUCUGAGGUUUUUGCUUGUGCAUGGAGUCCAGCCGGUUCACUUCUGGCAUCAGGGUCUGGAGAUUCAACAGCACGGAUUUGGGAGAUUCCUGUUGGAUUAUGUACUUCAAACACAGAAAUUGGACCUGCAAAUGUAUUAGUGUUGAAACAUUUUAAGGGUAGAACCAACGAAAAAAGCAAGGAUGUCACAACACUUGACUGGAAUGGAGUGGGGACACUACUUGCAACAGGUUCUUAUGAUGGACAAGCAAGAAUCUGGACUAGAGAGGGGGAGCUGAGAAGCACUUUAAACAAACAUAAAGGCCCUAUUUUUUCUCUAAAGUGGAACAAGAAGGGAGAUUAUCUUCUCAGUGGUAGUGUGGAUAAAACUGCUAUCGUGUGGGAUGUGAAGACAGGAGAAUGGAAGCAACAAUUUGAAUUUCACACAGCUCCGGCACUUGAUGUUGAUUGGCGAACCAAUUCUCAGUUUGCAACAUGCUCAACUGAUAGCAUGAUUUAUGUUUGCAAGAUUGGAGAAAAUCGUCCAAUAAGAACUUUUUCCGGUCAUCAGGGUGAAGUUAAUGCUAUAAAAUGGGAUCCGUCAGGUUCAUUGUUGGCUUCUUGCUCUGAUGAUGGCACAGCAAAGAUAUGGAGUACGAAGCAGGACAAGCACGUGCAUGACUUGAAGGAGCAUGCUAAGGAGAUAUACACUAUCAGAUGGAGUCCAACUGGCCCAGGCACAAACAACCCUAAUCAGCAAUUAUUGUUGGCAAGUGCAUCCUUUGACUCUACAAUAAAGCUGUGGGAUGUGGAGUUAGGAAAAGUGAUCUACAGCUUUGACGCCCACAGGGAGCCCGUAUACUCUGUUGCAUUUAGCCCUAACGGCGAGUAUCUAGCGAGUGGAUCGCUGGACAGAAGUCUACAUAUAUGGUCAAUGAAGGAUGGAAGUUUGGUGAAAACAUACAACGGAAGUGGAGGUAUAUUUGAAGUUUGCUGGAACAAGGAAGGUGACAAAAUUGCAGCUUGUUUCGCCAACAACACUGUCUGUGUCUUGGAUUUCAGAAUGUAGCUGGGCUGAAGUCGACGACUUUGUAUACUUUUAGCAGGAUAUAUUAGCUUUAACAGAACUAUUUUGAUUCACUGGUUGAUUUUUAAGUAUAUGUAAGGGCAAGUUAGUGGGUCUGGUAUACAUUUCAUUGUUAAAGGUUGUAAAGUUUAGUGUGUAUUCUUCAUUGCAGCAUCUGAAUUUUUAUCAGUGAUUACGAGGAUGAUGAUCGUAAGACAGUAGUAACUGCCAUGUGUUUUAAUAUAUGUAUAAACUUAAUUUGUUAAUGAAGGUUAACAGUUGUUCGUUGUUUUG